GCUGGGCUGAACCUGGCUCUGAGGGAAAAGCCUGCCUCCGUGAUGGUGGCCAGGAGGCUGGUGAGGGGCUGGGGACCCAGGGUGUCUGUGGUGUCCAUGCUUGGGGAUCACCAAGCCCGAGAGCGGGACUGGGAGGAGCUGUCUGCAUCUACACUGAGGGACCUGUCUCUAAAUGUGGCGGGGUCUGGUGGUGCUCCAUUGGCUGAGAUGGUUGGGGGAGAGCAGGGAUACAGGAGGUGGCUGGUGGAGGGACACCAGCAUAGACCCUUGGGAGAGGAGGGGAGGGAAGGGGGAAGGGGUGGGAAGCUCCAGGGCCAAGGGCCCACCUGAGCCCUCAGGUGCAGGGAUUGCUCUGGCCAUUAGCUCAUCCUGGGGCAGGGUGGGGGGUGCAUCAUGGCCGCUGCUGCCCUCCAGCACCCCCACUCACUGGGAAAGCUCUAGCAGUGUGUGUGUGGUGGGGGGAGGUGGAAGAUAGACAGCGUGGAGUCUCUGAGGAAGCACUCCUCCCCCCACUUCUCCACAAACUGGUGUCUGUGUUUGUGGUAAAGCCAGUGACACGGGGAGGUGCCCUAAAGAGGAGCAGGACCCGGCAAGGUCAGAUUGCGAGGCGGCCAGCCACAUAAAGCGGGGUGUGAAGAGUGCUUCAGCAGCUGCCCCACCAUGACCUCCUGGGCCCUCCUGCUCCUUGCCUCAGUGCUCCUGGCCACCCCGGGACUGACCUUUUGUGGUCUGACCCCUGAGGACCGUGACCUGGACAUGGCUGACAGGUGUCAGGAUGAGCCGUUCUUCCAGAUGCUGGCCCAGGAGACCCCCCAGAACCUGACUUUAAACCCCUGUGAUACCUGUCGUAUGAUACUUAGUUGGCUGAAGAAUUGCGUGGGACUGCAGCGGAUUCAGAUGACCAUUGAAAAGGCUGCGCAACUGGUGUGCUCUCGGUUUCCUUUGGUGGAAAACAUCUGCAAAGAAACCAUCAACAAAUAUGUAAAUGACAUCGUCCAGAGUAUCCUGAAUGCUCCACCCCACCAGGAUAUCUGUGUGACAUUGAGGCUGUGCAAGUGUCAAGUAGGUCUCUGAGCCUCUGGGGUCUCUGAUGCCACCCUGGGGAGAAGCACAGAGUCUCCCACAACCACCACCUGCUUCUGCCCUCCCAGAUCCAGAGCCGACCCUCCAGUGUCUCUCAGCUAACUUCUCAUUGCCUUCCCCUGAGGGAGAAUAA